GAUUUAAAGUGUUUCAUGUUCAAAUAUCUGUGUAUAGGAGGAAAUGAACCUCGUCUUAUUGCUGCUGCAAUGGAACAACUAAACACUUUGCCAUUCUUUCAUUCUUUCUCGAAUUGCACUACAAAACCAACUUUGGUCCUCGCAGAGGAACUUUUGGGAAUGUUUACAGCAAACAAAAUGGCAAAAGUUUUCUUUACUAAUAGUGGAUCAGAAGCCAAUGAAACUCAGGUGAAGCUUGUUUGGUAUUAUAACAACGCUCUUGGAAGGCCGGAAAAGAAGAAGUUUAUUGCUCUAUCAAAAUCAUAUCAUGGUUCAACUUUUAUAUCAGCAAGUCUUUCUGGGAUUCCAUCAAUGCACCAAAAAUCUGAUCUUCCUGCUCCCUUUGUAUUGCACACUGACUGCCCUCACUACUGGCGCUUUCACCUUCCAGGUGAGUCAGAGGAGGAGUUCUCAACUAGACUAGCAAAUAAUUUGGAGACACUAAUCUUGAAAGAGGGACCCGAGACGAUUGCUGCAUUCAUUGCGGAACCAGUGCUAGGGUCAGCAGGUGUCAUACUCCCCCCUGCAACUUAUUUUGAUAAGAUUCAAGCUGUUCUAAAGAAAUAUGACAUUUUGUUCAUAGCGGAUGAGGUGAUUUGUGGAUUUGGAAGGCUCGGGACUAUGUUUGGCUGCGAUAAGUACAAUAUCAAACCGGAUCUUGUAUCCUUAGCAAAGGCACUUUCUUCUUCAUAUGUGCCUAUUGGAGCAGUUCUUUUGAGCCCUGAAAUUGCAGAUGUCAUAAAUUCUGUAGGAUCUUUUUCUCAUGGAUUUACACAUUCUGGGCACCCACUCUGUUGUGCAGUCGCAAUAGAAGCUCUCAAGAUCUACAAGGAAAGAAACACUCUUGAGCAAGUUAACAGCAUUGCUACCAGAUUUCAAGAAGGUUUGAAAGCCUUCUCAAACAGCCCAAUUAUAGGAGAGAUACGUGGAACUGGCUUGAUUCUUGGAGCAGAGUUCACUGAUAACAAGUCUCCGAAUGAACCAUUCCCUCCCGAAUGGGAGAUUGAUGCAUAUUUUGGAGCACAAUGUGAGAAGCACGGGAUGCUGCUGGUAAUCGAUGAUGGUCAAAUUUUGAUUUGUCCACCAUUCACAAUGACUCCUGAUGAGACUGAGGAGUUAAUAAGUAUUUUUGGAAAGGCAUUGAAAGCAACCGAAGAGAGGGUGCAAGAACUCAAGUCUCAGAAGAAGUGAGAAGAGAAAUAAUGAAAUUAGAAUUCAAAUAAAUCGAUGAAUGUUCUUGUAACAAGGUUUCUUGUACUCGCAUUCACCAUGUAUGGUUGGGUCUUUG